AUGCCCAGGACGAGCGCAGAAUAUAGCAGCACGAUCUCCGACCUCACCCGCGCCAAGCUAGCCGGCGAGCUCAUCCUGCCCCUCACCCACCAACGCCGAGGCCCCUGUCUGCGCAAGCUGGUGCACUGGUCCAACCUGCUCUCGGUGCUCACCGCAGAGUGCGACUGGUUCGACCACCUCCUCGAGGAGAUCGACGACUCCGACAGCGAGUCCGAGUCCUCCGACGGCCUGCCCGACCCCGCCCUGCUCCACAACAUCCUCCCCGCGCCUCCGAGGCCAUCCCGCCGCCCCCGUGCCCGGCGAGACCCUGCCGGCCUCGGCCUCCCCCACUGGGGCUUCCUCUGCAUCCGGCCCACCGAGGAGGAGCUCAAGACGACGGCCGAAGACGACGAGGACAGCCAUCUGCCCAGCUUGGUCCCCAUCAAGCCCCGCCCCCGCGUCCAGGCCCUCAUCCACCACCCCCUCCAACAUCCCGCCACCACUGCCCCGUCCCCCAUCGUUACCCUCGACGCCAUCGACUUCAGGUCCUACGACUUCAUCAUCGCCGCCGACGCCCUCCUCGACGGACAAACCGUGCUCGUCAAGUACCUCGUCGGCGGAUACAACGGCCACCCCAGACCCCCAUCCUCCUCCUUCCUCCAUCCCCACACACACCACCAGCACUCAGCAGGACUGGGCCACGCCUCUCAUGACCACCCUCUCAUCGAUGCCCGCCGGGGCUCGGCCGCUCGGAGGACACCAGCACCCAAGCACCCCGACAUCCGGGUCACCAAGCUCCACAUCGUCCUCAACCAUCUCUCGCUGCCUUCGCCGGCUGCCCCUCCUGCUGGUCGGCCCAAAGAAGACGUCAACCUCGGCCUCGACGGCCGGCUGUCUCCCGACUAUCUCGACCAGCCCGCCUCCGAUCCCCACCAGAUCCUCUUCGUUAUCGCUCGCCCGGUCGGGCCAUGGACUCAGCGCGCGCUCGGCCUCCGACCGAUAUCCUCAUCCCUCUCGCCCCCCUCCUCUCUAUCCAGACCUUACGCCCUCCAAAACAUCAGCCUCUACGAACCCCCAAAACCUUCCCCCACUCGAAGCCCCCCACCGUCCCAUCCCAAUUAUUCGCUCAGUCACUCGGCGCCGUAG